UGCUGCGUGCCCAAUGUGGAAAGCGGCAGCAGUGGCGGCGGUGGAGCGGGCUCUGGCUUGCAGGGAGGGUUUUCGCACGGAGGCUUGUGCUGGAGUCCAGGGCCGGGGGGAGGUUGCAUCUUUCUGUCUGCAUACCAAUUAUUCCUGGCCUGGAGAACAAGGGGUUUGAUGGUGGGCAUCUUGGCAUGGGUGAUCCGCGCUAACGAUCAGGGCUGAGAGAUUAAAUGCCCUAGUGGGCAGGAGGAGCAGUCUAGCUCUGCACAGUCCACGUCAUUUCGCCUGGGAGGAGGGCUGACUUUUCCAUGCAUCGGGGACUUCCUUUCCCUCAGCCAUGCAGGAGUCUCCUGAGCUGGCUGGCUGCCUUGUAAAGUGGGAUCUGCUGCCGCCGUCUCUGCCCAGCGCCUCCGGACCACAGCCUGUCUCUGGCCGCCUCUGUGCCCCCAUGCAGACCACCUUAUAAGGAUUAAAGAGAGAGAACGAGAAGACGUCUUUUUUUCCCCUCUGCCCGGCUGUUCCUGGAUCAUGGCUUCGGUGUGGAAGCGGUUGCAGCGCGUGGGAAAACAUGCCUCCAAGUUUCAGUUUGUGGCAUCGUAUCAGGAGCUGAUGGUGGAAUGCACGAAGAAAUGGCAACCAGACAAAUUAGUUGUGGUGUGGACCAGAAGGAGUCGAAGGAAAUCGUCUAAGGCACAUAGCUGGCAGCCUGGUAUAAAGAACCCUUACCGUGGGGUCGUGGUGUGGCCUGUCCCUGAAAAUGUAGAAAUCACUGUGACUCUCUUUAAGGACCCUCAUGCUGAAGAGUUUGAAGACAAAGAAUGGACAUUCGUGAUUGAAAAUGAAUCUCCUUCUGGUCGUCGGAAAGCUCUUGCAACCAGCAACAUCAACAUGAAGCAAUACGCGAGCCCGAUGCCUACCCAAACCGAUGUCAAGCUGAAAUUCAAACCCCUAUCCAAGAAGGUUGUAUCCGCCACUCUGCAGUUCUCCUUAUCUUGCAUUUUCCUCCGAGAGGGCAAAGCUACUGAUGAAGACAUGCAAAGUCUUGCCAGUCUGAUGAGCAUGAAACAAGCGGACAUAGGAAACCUGGAUGAUUUUGAGGAAGACAACGAGGAUGACGAGGAGAAUAGAGUUAACCAGGAAGAAAAGACUGCUAAAAUAACAGAACUAAUUAACAAGUUGAAUUUCCUGGAUGAAGAGGAGCAGGAUUUGGUGAACUCCGGCUCAACCCCCUUCGAAAGUUCUGACACAACCGAUCUCAAUCCAUUUGGAGACCCAGAUGCUGAAGAAACAACUGUCGACAAAUCCCCCUUAAAGGUGGAGGAGCCAUUCGAUGAUGAUAACCCAUUUAAAGACCCCGAGCUCACAACCUACCGAAACCCAUUUGAUGAGCCAGACGCGGGGCCUGACCUGGCUAUCGAACUUCAUAAAGAAUCUUCUCCACAGCCAGCAAAGAGGAAGAACGCCAGACCUGUGGAUAUGACCAAAUACCUCUACGCUAACAAAGCCAGACAGGAAGAGGAUGAGCUCGAUGAGUCAAACCCAUUCUAUGAACCAAAAGAGAGUGCGGAUAUAGUCCGGAGCUGGCCUAUUAAAGAGUCUGAUCAGGAGAAAAAGAUGAAGAGGAAGGCCCCAUCUCCUCCAGCACCCACACCAAAGAAAGAUGAAACUCCACGCACUCCCGUGUCUGUCCCUUCCACCAAGGAGCUCUCCUCUUCUCCUAAGCCAAGUCCGUUACCAAGUCCAAUCUUAGGUCGACAACCCAAUGCUAGCCAGUCACUGCUCGCUUGGUGCAAAGAAGUAACGAAGUCCUAUAGAGGAGUAAAGAUAACCAACUUCACCACCUCAUGGAGGAACGGGUUGGCGUUUUGUGCAAUAUUAAACUACUUUAGACCGGACUUGAUUGACUACAAGUCCCUCAAUCCCCAAGAUAUUAAAGAAAACAACAAAAAGGCGUAUGAUGGAUUUGCCAGUAUAGGAAUUUCUCGACUUCUGGAGCCAUCUGACAUGGUUUUAUUAGCAAUCCCAGACAAGCUGACUGUCAUGACCUAUCUGUAUCAAAUCCGGGCACAUUUUUGUGGGCAAGAAUUAAAUGUGGUUCAGAUUGAAGAGAACAGUAGUAAAAGCACAUACAAAGUUGGCAAUUAUGAAACGGACACAAAUAGCUCCAUUGACCAGGAGAAGUUUUAUGCUGAACUUAGUGAUUUGAAUAGUGAACCCGUAUCAGAUAGGCAAGAAGCAGCGGUCCCCAUGCCGGAUGUUGUGUCUGGGAGUGACUCUUCCAUAGCUAGUGCCAGCGUGAUCAGGAACCAUGAUUGCAAAUCCCAAGAUGUAAGUAAACAAGCAAACAAUGAAAGUGACUUUCCUACACCUAGGACUAGAAGCCACCUAGAAAUCCAGGGCUCCAGUAGAACGUUUGAACCUGAGGAACCAAGGUUUGAUGGCACAUACACAAGUCCCUCCCAAACACAGCCAACUGCUGCUAAAAGGAAGUUGCUGAAACCAGAUGUUGCAGAUCUUAGUGAUUUGUCUUUUAUCCCAGAUACUAGUAAAGAAGUCUCUUCUUCUGCCACGGUUUCUGGAGAAACUCAUGGACAUGGUUUACCGGAGCAAGUAAAGCAUAGCCCACCAUCCACACUAGAAUGUAAGAAGCUGGAAAGCAGCACUCAAGUAAAAGAUAUGAAUGUUUCAUCUACUGGCUUACUUGGAGACUCCUAUGAAAAAGUUGUUGAUACUUCCCUUAAGGUCCCAUCUAUUCCACAGACUGGGAUCAGCGCCCUUCUGGACGCUGCAAAAAUGGCAUCGAACUAUUCUGAUCAAACUGGAAAAACUCCUGAGCAACGAAUGCUUUCCCGUCAAGAGGAACUAAAAGAGCGGGCCCGGCUAUUGCUGGAGCAGGCCAGAAGGGACGCGGCGCUGAAAGCGGGAAACAAGCAGCGACAGAACACUGCGGCCACGACACGAGCCAAGCAGCUAAGUGAUCAGCAAGAUGAAGAGAGACGCCGGCAGCUGAGAGAGCGAGCACGUCAGCUCAUAGCAGAAGCUCGAUCUGGAGUGAAGAUGUCAGAACUUCCCAGUUACAAUGAGGCAUCUGCAGAAAAGUUGAAAGAAAGAGCAAAGACAUCUGGAGAUGAGGAUGAUUUUAACAAAGCACUUACUAAUGAGGACAGUACUGAGUGCACUCUUGUGUGUGGUGGAGGUGGUGAUGAAUCCACUAACCUAGACCCAGAUCUUGACCGGCCUGGACAAAACGCUAACUCUGUGGACGUCAAGUUGAAGAGACUUCUGGAGUCUCAGCCACAGGUGGCAAACUCCCUGUCAAAUGCUGCUCAGAAAACAUCACCCGAAGCCUCCGACAGAGACUUCAAGAAUGGUACCGAAGAAUCUGGUGCGGACAGACAGCACAAAUCUUCAGAUCGUUUCAAGAAUCCCGUCAUGAUCAACAAAGAUUUAACAGUCAGGAAAAUAGAACUAGAGUCCUACAGUCAAUGGGUGGAGAUCUGUCCAGAGAUGAAAAGGCAGAGAUCAAUGCAGGAGGACACAAGACGCGGGCAUGAAGGAGCCGUGAUAACCGAGACCCAGAAGAAGCCCUCAGAAGAUGAAGUGCUAAAUAAAGGGUUCAAAGACACCAGUCAGUAUGUAGUAGGAGAAUUGGCAGCCCUAGAGAACGAGCAGAAUCAAAUUGACACCCGUGCCGCGCUGGUGGAGAACCGCCUCCGCUAUCUCAUGGACACAGGAAUGUAUACAGAGGAAGAGGAGACAUUGAUGCAGGAAUGGUUCAUGCUUGUGAACAAGAAAAACGCCCUGAUCAGGAGAAUGAACCAGCUUUCACUUCUGGAAAAAGAACAUGACCUAGAGAGACGGUUUGAGCUACUGAACAGAGAGUUACGAGCCAUGCUCGCUAUAGAAGACUGGCAAAAAACCGAAGCCCAGAAGAGACGGGAACAACUUUUACUCGAUGAACUGGUUAUCCUGGUUAAUAAGCGCGAUGCCUUGGUUAGAGACUUGGAUGCCCAGGAGAAGGAGGCUGAGGAAGAGGAGGAACACUUAGAAAGGACUCUAGAGCAAAACAAAGGCAAAAUGACCAAGAAAGAAGAGAAAUGUCUAAUCCAGUGACCAGCACCGUUUGGGAAAGACGCUGCUCGGGCCCAUAAUCUCUUGUGCAUCGUGGUUUCACUGAGUGACUGGAAGCGCUAUUAUAAAGACUAAACUGAAACCCGGCAAAGGGGAGGCCCGAGUCGCCGUCGCAAGUUCUAAUAUAAUAAUUUCAGUUUCAAAUGUUUGAUUUUUGGCUCAACUUCUGCAUAAAUGGAGACCGCAAAAGCAUUCUGGCACUGAGAGGGUUAAACGAAUGCCUUUUUUGCACCGCUGUCCUGGAGUCGGUAAUAACGCACUGAAGCUGAAUACACAGAGGCGGCCACCUGUUGUAUGGCCCAAGGACUUCUCAAAGCAACUUUUCUUCCAUUAGCAGUCGCCUAGUAAGCUACCACGGAUGGUCGGGGAGGACUUGCUAGAGCAACCGAAUAUUGUUUUAAUUGAGCUACACUGGAGACUGCGUCGUCUCCGUCAAUGUUCUCACCUAGUCCUGCCAUUUUCUAUUGCCAUGUACGCUACCUACAUUUUAAUUUGAAUGGUAUACACGCCAGGCUGUAUUGACAGGUUUUUAUUUUGAUCAGCUAUUUUACAUAAUAUUCUCCACAAAUGAAAUACUGUGUAUGUUCCGCCAGAGGAUUGACCCGUGUGUCAUAGAUUACCCACAAAGCCCUUCCAUAUUACAUUUGGCUUCAGAACCAGCUGCAGUUUACAUUUCUGUCAGAAGCUUAACCGUUUGUGGGAGAAAACCUAUUUAUUUUAUGCUUUUAACUACGACUGAAACUAUACAUUAUUCGCUUAUGACGCCGUUGCUAUUUAUUUCUGCGAAAAAGGAAAAUAAAUAUGAAUUUAAAAAAAAUAAAAAUAAAACUAUUCAUGUGUCAUGCCACAUUGUACCGGUAUGAUAUAUUAUACUGUGUCCUGUCAGAAUAUACAUCAUGUCACAUUGGUGCAACUGUUUAUUUAUUACUGUCUCAUGCAAUUUUCAAUAAAACCAGAAUAUUUCUUACCGUA